GUGUGUGUGUGUGUGUGAGUGUGUGUGUGUGUGAAGUGUUAUCUGCUCGCAAGGCACAAGUGGAGUGGGUCAGAAACAAGGCAUUUCUUCAGGGAAAGGCAGUGAUAGUAGAGGUUCCACUGAAGUUUAAAAAGCUUACACUGUGUUCCAAAAAAAAAUUAGAGAGCAGUUUAAAGUAGGCCUGGCAAUAGAGGGAGUUCUUCAAGUCGCUUGAAUAUCUUGAAUAUAAGGUUACAAGAGGGGCAAUUAGUCAAUUUCAGGCAAUUUAACACCAGCUUGUUCACUGGUUGUUGUUGUUGUUUUUUUUCCUCCAUGGAGAAAUCCAAAAACUUUUGCAUCGACGCGCUGCUGGCGCACGACGCGCAGCAGAGGACGGGCGGCGGCGGCGCGUCCCCGCACUCGAGUCCCGGCGACAGUCCGGCGUCGACCCGCGGCUCCGAGACGCCCUCCCCUCGGCCGAACGCGGCGGACCCCCCGCAGGCUCCGCCGGGCGUCCUGCCCACGUCGCCACUUUUCAAUUUGUCCCAGGCGGGGCUCGCCGCGCUGCACCAGGGGGGGCUGUUCGGAGUGCACCCGGGCGCCAUGUACCCUCUGGCGGCCCUCGGAGGCCAACACCCCGCCUUCAUGUACCCGGGCUUCACGCAGCUGGUCCGGCCGUACUCGGAGCAGCACAGGGGGGCCCACAUGACGGGGACCCUCCCGCUGGAGCCCUGGAUCAGAGCCGGCCUCAUGGUGCCCAGAUUCGGGGAGUAUGGAGCUCCAGCCCAGGCAGGCCUGUUGGGGAAGUGUCGCAGGCCCAGGACGGCGUUCACCAGUCAGCAGCUGCUGGAGUUAGAAAACCAGUUCAAGCUCAACAAGUACCUGUCCCGGCCCAAACGCUUCGAGGUGGCCACGUCGCUCAUGCUGACCGAGACUCAGGUUAAGAUCUGGUUCCAGAACAGGCGUAUGAAGUGGAAGAGGAGCCGCAAAGCCAAGGAACAAGCGGCCCUGACACUGACUGAUGCAGACAGAAAUGGGAUGGAUAUUCACAGUGCGAAGCCUCGGGGCGACUCGCACAGCUCAAGCCUGGAAGACGAAGAGGAGCUGGAAGGGGAGGAUGAGGACGAAAAAGAGGAGAUUGAGGAGCUGAGGGCCGGCUCUGUAGGCUUCGUGAGGCACGCCGCCGGAGGAACGGGGAACUACAGCACUUACUCAGAGGAGGAGCUAGAGGAGGGAGACCCACGAAUGAGAAGCAAGGUCUUUCCAUAGCUUUACAAUUCUGCAUGCCCUUCUAUGAUGUCUUUUUUUCUGUGUAUUACUUUUCAGAAGACUUAUACACAAUGCAAUCAGGAGCACAGACCUGGUGGCAUUGAAAUGCAUCUUUAUCUGCAUCUCCUGAGAAGAGAAAGAAAUGGACGUUGACAUCUGCACUUUGGGCUGGAGAUAAAAAAAAAAAAAAAAGUGAUUACAUCAAACCAAGAUACUGCCACUUUUUUGUGUACCUGGACAUUUAAUGCUUGAAUGGCCACUCAUAAAGUUAUGACUUCAGAAUCAACGAGUAAGUAUGUUCAUGAUGUGCAUUUUUGUGCAUGAUUUGCUUGUUUUGAUCAGUACAAACAAAGACAAAAGCUGUUAACUGCAAUUAACUAACUAAUACAUGAAUGUACAUGUACUCAAAAUGUACAUGAAUUGGGGUUGAUAGCACUUUCAUGGGAGGUGUUGUAAGGAGUGUCAGUGUUACCUUGGUAUCAAGGCUUCCAUGUCUGUUACAAACAUUGCAAACACAUUUGACUAAUUUUUCAAAAUGUUCCUAUUUUUUAAGAGGAUGUGUACACAGUUCAAGUUUUAGGGCAUGGUAAUAGUUUGACAAGAAACAUGCUACUCAGGAUAUUGUAGUACUUUUUGGAAUAUGUGGUCAGAAAAUUGACGUUUCAAAUAUAUAUGCAGCUCUUUAUUUUGUGUUAUCUUUGUGAAACUGCAUGUUAUAUUUAGUUAAAUAAGUAACAACAUACACACACAUACACACACAGAAAUGCUUGCAUGUACCGUAUGGAAAUUGAUGUUUACUGUUGAUAUGGCAAUUUCCCUAUAUUUUGUGAACUUUUCUUAUAUUACGCAUGGUUUGCAAUGUAAUUUAAAAUGAUAGAUUUUAAUAUAUUUCACAUGUGCAACACUAGAGGUUUUGUGAAGACGAUUGGUGGACAAAUAAAUGUCAUAUCACAA